AUGGUACUACAGUAUGAUGAGAGCGUUCGCAACCUGCUGUAUCGGAGAUCAUGCCAAUACACGCAGGGCGAGCGCUCUGGAGGCCACGUCGAGGAAGUCGCCGACCUCGUCGAGAGGGUGAAGAGCUUCGCGAAGCGGUAUCCUGGUAGUAGGACAGCUCAGGCUUGCAGAGCUGAGGAGGGAUGCACUCCCGACGCUAUCGCUGAAGCCAUCCGCUCGACAUGUCGGCAGGCGAGACGCGACUCAAUUGAAGACUCUCUGAGUGAAUGGAGCUCAGAGUAUAGAGCAUGGUUUAUUCAACAGAUGGAGGAGGCCAAGAAACAGAAUGUUGAGACAUACAUCGGCACCGAAGGCACCGAGGGGACCUCCUUUAUCUCCAUGACUCUCCUAGCGAUUUCUUUGAGGUAUGUUCGACAAGAAGACAACAAGAAAUCGAAGAUUAUGCAGGUAGGUCUCAUGGUAGAGUCAGUCGACGGAGUCGACAAGGCCAUCAUUUGGAAAGCACCUUACAGUCCUGAGACUCGCGGCAGUCCCUGCCUACAUGUCAGUCUCUGUAUCUCUCCUUCGGACCGAAGCAGCCAUGGAGCUAUGGGAAGGCAGGAGAGUCUUCUUCAUAGACGGCAGAUCUUUCAGAGUCCGCCAUCCGGUUUUAGGCUUUAG